AUGAUGACUAAACAAAUUAAUUCCAGCGUAUCAGAACUAUUAAUUGCUGCAGUGAGUGACAACAUUGAACCGGACGCUCUUAUAAACCAGCGAGUUGUAGUGAUUAUUCAGUGGAUUUUCUUUUCAGUUCUGUGUCAAAUAAUUGACGUUGCCGGUAUUGGAGCCAACAUCAUUAAUAUUAUCUGUUUUGUCAAACAGGGUUGUAAAGACCCUGUUAAUGUCAGCCUUAUCG